AAUGUGAAGGCGUUUCAAGAAUUGCAAUUUUUUUUACGUCAACACUUUAAGGAUUAAAAGGAUGUUUUCAGUGAAACUAUUGGACUGGCAGUGGGUGCGUCUGUCGUUCAGCGUCUGCAGAAUCUCGUGCUGGAGAGCGUCCGGACUAGGCAAUGGCUCAAGUGAUAAUUACACAUUCUGAAACAAAGGAUGAGGAUGCCUUUGCAAGCAUCAUCAAGCCGACCCAGAUGGACCUCGAGGUGGCACUAAGUGAGAGUUUUACGGCGCUGAAUCUUUUCCUGAACAACAAGUUUUUAGAGGCACUUGAUAUCCUCAGACCAUGGAGGAAUGACAGCAUGUACCAUGCCAUGGGAUAUAGCAGCAUCCUGGCUAUGCAGGCUGGGAUGACCUUUGAACCAAAGGAUAUGGAGAAGGCUGUCGAAGCACUUCAGGAGGCCCUGGUCACAUGCCAAAGGUUCAGAAGGAAGAUUACGUUUGUUGAGGCCAUUUCAAACAUGGUCUCCAGACGGGACCCACCGCAGAUGACCGAAGAAGAGAUGCAUGCUGAGCUGUGCUAUGCUGAGGUUCUACUCCAAAGAGCGGCAUUAACCUUCAUAGAGGAUGAGGGUAUGAUUGGCUUCAUUAAAGGAGGAAUGAAAAUUCGAGCGAGCUAUCAGAUAUUCAAGCAAUGCCAGGAUCUGUUGAACGUGUCCCAGAACCUCAAUGAAGAAAGUGACGCUUUCAAGAACUUUGCUGGAGGAGUCAACAUGGGCAUAGGCUCUUUUAAUUUGAUGCUGUCCCUUUUUCCUGCCAAAGUCCUUAGAUUACUGGAAUUCCUGGGCUUUGCUGGUGAUAGAGAAGAGGGGCUGUCUCAGCUACACCAAGGUGCAGCCAGCAAUACCCUGCGCUCCAUCCUCAGCACACUCACUCUCCUCAUGUUCCACACCUACGUCUCAGUUAUACUGGGGACUGGCGAGUGUAAUCUUGCUGAAGCUGAAACCCUGCUGGAGCCGUAUGUUCAAAAGUUUCCCAAUGGGGCGCUCAUGCUUUUCUACACUGCCAGAAUUGCAGUGCUAAAAGGGAACUUUGAAAUGGGCCAGGAGAAGUUUCUGGAGUGCAUUGCUGCCCAGCAGGAAUGGCGUCAGGUCCACCACUUGUGCUACUGGGAGCUGAUGUGGUCCUAUUCCUACCAACAGAACUGGUUGGAGGCCUAUCGCUAUGCAGACUUACUCAGUAAAGAGAGCAAGUGGUCCCAGGCCACCUACGUGUUUCAGAAAGCCUCCAUUCUGAGCAUGAUGCCACCGGAGGAAGUGAGCAAGACUGGAGAGCAGGUUGAGGAGCUGUUCAGACAAGUGGAAAGCCUUAGGCUGAAAUUUGCUGGAAAGUCUGUCCCUACUGAGAAGUUUGCAGCACGGAAAGCAAUACGCUACAGAGAUCCUGAACCAACUAAAUUGGUUAUCCCUGCUCUGGAAAUGAUGUACGUGUGGAAUGGCUUUACUAUUGUGGGCAAGAGGCCUGAGCUAACAGAGAGCAUCCUCAACACCAUAAAGAAAGCCGAGGAGCAACUGACCAGUGACCCGAAGCCAUCGGAGUACCUUGUUGAUGACCAGUGUGUGGUGCAGAUGCUGAAGGGUCUGUGUCUCAGGCACCUGGGCCGACUGCCUGAGGCCGAGAGCUGUUUCACUCACGUCAUCUCAAAUGAGAAGAAUAUUAAAUUUGAUGACUAUCUGGUGCCAUUCACUGUGUAUGAAUUGGGCCUCCUCUACAACCAGCAAGGAGACACUGAGAAAGCCGUGACCUACAUUGAAAAUGCCAAGCUGAACUACAGGGAUUACUCAAUGGAAUCAAGACUCCACUUCCGCUGUCAUGCAGCACUUGCUAAUUUGGGCCAUGCUGUGGAAGGUACCAUCCAGCAAUAGAAUGUCAGCAUACAUGUUCAAUUCCAGUGUGCCUUUAGGUCAUUAUGUUUUUGAUCCUAUAUUUACUGUACAGUACACCUGCAUUAAACAGAGAUUCCAUUUGA